UAUGGAAGCUGUAUAUAACCUGGGCCGCUGGAAGCCGUCCACUUCAGUUUUUACAUCACUCCACUUCCCCCCUCAUCAUAAUGUCUUCCUCAAAAGCUAUUGGAAUCGACCUGGGCACGACCUACUCCUGCGUCGGUGUCUGGCAAAACGAUCGUGUUGAGAUCAUCGCCAACGACCAGGGUAACCGCACGACCCCCUCUUACGUCUCCUUCUCCGACAGCGAGCGUCUCAUCGGUGAUGCCGCGAAAAAUCAGGUCGCGAUGAACCCAUUGAACACGGUCUUCGACGCAAAGCGUCUCAUCGGACGCAAGUUCGAGGAUGCUGAGGUCCAGGCCGAUAUGAAGCACUUCCCCUUCACCGUCUUCAGCAAGGGUGGCAAGCCUUACAUCCGAGUGGAGUACCGCGCCACCAAGGACGCUGGUACUAUCUCCGGAAUGAACGUUCUCCGUAUCAUCAACGAGCCCACCGCGGCUGCCAUCGCCUACGGUCUCGACAAGAAGGUGACCGGCGAGCGCAACGUCCUCAUCUUCGAUCUCGGAGGAGGAACCUUCGAUGUGUCCCUCCUGACCAUCGAAGAGGGUAUCUUCGAGGUCAAGGCCACCGCCGGUGACACCCACUUGGGUGGUGAGGACUUUGACAACCGUCUCGUCAACCACUUCGCACAGGAGUUCAAGCGCAAGAACAAGAAGGAUCUGUCUUCCAACCUGCGUGCUCUGCGUCGUCUGCGUACUGCUUGCGAACGUGCCAAGCGUACUCUGUCGUCUGCUGCUCAGACCUCCAUCGAGAUCGACUCCCUAUACGAGGGUAUCGACUUCUACACCUCGCUCACCCGUGCCCGUUUCGAGGAGCUGUGCCAGGAUCUCUUCCGCUCCACGCUGGAGCCGGUCGAGAAGGUCCUCCGCGACUCCAAGAUCGACAAGGCGAACGUCCACGAGAUCGUCCUUGUUGGUGGCUCUACCCGUAUCCCCCGUAUCGUGAAGCUCGUGUCGGACUUCUUCAACGGCAAGGAGCCCAACAAGAGCAUCAACCCCGAUGAGGCCGUUGCGUACGGUGCUGCCGUCCAGGCCGCGAUUCUUUCUGGAGACACUUCCGAGAAGACUCAGGACCUGCUCCUGCUCGAUGUUGCGCCGCUUUCCCUCGGUAUCGAGACCGCCGGUGGUGUCAUGACUGCGCUGAUCAAGCGUAACACGACGGUGCCGACGAAGAAGUCGGAGACGUUCUCGACAUACGCGGACAACCAGCCUGGUGUGCUGAUCCAGGUGUUCGAGGGUGAGCGUGCGCGCACGAAGGACAACAACCUGCUCGGCAAGUUCGAGCUGUCCGGCAUUCCCCCUGCGCCGCGUGGUGUUCCCCAGAUCGAGGUCACGUUCGACAUUGAUGCCAACGGUAUCCUGAAUGUGUCUGCCGCCGACAAGACGACCGGCAAGUCGAGCCGCAUCACGAUCACGAACGACAAGGGACGUCUGUCGAAGGAGGAGAUUGAUCGCAUGGUCAACGAGGCCGAGAAAUACAAGGCCGAGGACGAGGCCGCUGCAUCCCGCAUCACUGCAAAGAACGGACUGGAGUCGUACGCGUACAACCUGCGCAACUCGCUCACGGACGAGAAGCUGGCGGACAAGUUCGAGGCUGCGGACAAGAGCAAGCUGGAGAACGCCGUGAACGAGACGAUCAAGUGGCUGGAUGCGUCGCAGGAGGGCUCGAAGGAGGAGUACGAGGAGAAGCAGAAGGAGCUCGAGGCGAUCGCCAACCCCAUCAUGCAGAAGCUGUACGGCGCGGCCGGUGCUCCGGGCGGUGCCGAGGGCUUCCCCGGAGGCGGCUUCCCUGGUGGUGGAGCUCCGGGCGGCUUCCCCGGCGGUGCCUCGGAAGACGGCCCGAGUGUCGAGGAGGUCGACUAAACGGUGGUUCUGGACGCAUCUUGACAAUACGCAAUUCUGUACGCACUCACUGUUAGAUAUUUUCAAUCGCAUCUUGUAUCAUAGCUCUUUUGAACGUGUGUGAUUCCUAUUCC